ACGGAGGGGACCCGGGGGGGGCCGUGUCCAGCCCAGCAGCCGGGGGUGGGACCGGGGAGGGGUUUUGCGGGGCGGCGGCGCCUGCGCGGGGCGGCGGCGGAGCUCCGCGAAGUUGUGCGGGGCCCGGGGAAGUUUUUGGGGAGGCGGCUCCCGGUGCCCAGCCCCGGUUCCCGGGUGUGUCCCGGUCCCGGUGCCGGUGCCGGUGGCUUUCCCGGUGCCGGUGCCGGUGCCGGUACCGGGCCGGCCAUGGCUUUUCGGAGGCGAGCCAAGAGCCACCCGCUCUUCAGCCAGGAGUUCCUCAUCCACAACCACGCCGACAUCGGCUUCUGCCUGGUGCUCAUCGUCUUCAUCGCCCUCAUGUUCGAGGUCACAGCCAAGACAGCCUUCCUGUUUAUCUUACCUCAGUACAACGUCAGUGUGCCCACGGCAGACGGGGAGCUGGUCCAGUAUCACUACGGGCUGAAGGACCUGGUCACCAUCCUCUUCUACAUCUUCAUCGCCAUCAUCCUGCACGCGGUGGUGCAGGAGUAUGCCCUGGACAAAAUCAACAGGCGUCUCCAUCUCUCCAAGGUCAAACACAGCAAGUUCAAUGAGUCGGGGCAGCUCGUCGCCUUCCACCUCACCUCCUUGAUUUGGUGCUUGUACGUCGUCGUGACGGAAGGAUACAUAUCGAACCCCCGGAGUUUGUGGGAAAACUACCCGCAUGUUUAUCUUCCGUUCCAGGUGAAGUUUUUCUACCUGUGCCAGCUGGCCUACUGGCUGCACGCGCUGCCGGAGCUCUACUUCCAAAAAGUCCGCAAGGAGGACAUCCCCCGCCAGCUGCAGUGCAUCGCGCUCUACCUGGCACACAUCGCCGGCGCGUACCUCCUCAACUUAAGCCGCCUGGGGCUGAUCCUCUUGCUGCUGCAGUAUUUAGCCGAAUUCUUCUUCCACAUGGCCCGCCUGGUCUACUUCACGGACGAGAACAACGAGAAGCUGUUUAACGUCUGGGCUGUUGUCUUCGUGGUCACCAGGCUCUUCACCCUCACCCUGUACAUCUUGGUCAUCGGCUUCGGGCUGCCACGGGUGGAGAACCAGGCCCUCGAGCCGGAGAAGGGGAAUCUCUUCAGCUUCCUCUUCAACAACAUCCUCUUCAGCCUGCCUCUUCUCCGCCCUUGCCAGAAUGAGUGUGCUGCUGUUGGUGUGCCUCUUCCAGGCCUCGGUGAUGUGGCGCUUCAUCCACUUCCAGCUGCGGCGCUGGCGGGAGUACUGGCACGAGCAGAGCAGUCGGAAGCGAGCCGCCGCCGCCACCGCCGGCGCCAAGCAGCAAGCCAAGCCUCUCAAGAGGGACUCGGGUUACCACGAAAACGGAGUGGUGAAGGCGGAGAACGGCACCUCGCCGCGAACCAAGAAGCUGAAGUCGCCGUAAGGAGCGAGGGGAGCUCCUGGGGAGGAGGGCGAGACACCAGGACUAUGGGACCAGCCCGACCUCCCGGGCCUCGCGAGCGGCUGGCACACACAGGUCAUCCUCCCAAGGUGUCUCUCGCUCUCCUCCCUGCCUUUCUUGCUCUCUCAAACCGUUUGCAAUAAAACCAAAAAGGUCCCCUUCCCCUGCUCCCUCCCCCUCGUAGGAGCCUUUUCCGAGCCUCCUGGUUUUGCCUUCCUCGUUUCCACCGUAAAUAAGCGUGCAAUUUUGGUUUUCUACUUUAGUAUUUGGUUAUUUUGUUGUUCGAUUCAUUUUUUUGUUGUUGUUACAAACGCAUUGUAGGUGGUUCCGAACAUUAUUAUUAUGUUUUUGUUUCUACAGCAUGCUUCUCCCCUCCCUCUGUGCUGCUUCCCCGAGCCCCCGGGUCAGGGCCGUGGCAGUUUGAAGGCUCCGCGUGUCUCUUUUGGGAUCAGGCUCCUGGGGAAAAGCUCUGGGGCUCUGUGACCCGAGGCUCAGGGUGAUCUCAGCUGAGGGUUGCCUCUCCUGGGGCACACCUGGCCAGCACUUGGCACGUGCUGCGGGAUGUCGAUGCUGCAAAUAGGGACCAGGGGCUGAGGGAGGAACCUCAGCCGUGUGCUGUCUCACGAUGGACUUGUGGUUGAGGAGGGUUCCUCCAGCUCCUGGUUUUGAGCUAAUUUUGGAGAUGUGGGCAGCAGGGAAGGGAGAGAAAAUCCCUCUUCCUAUAGGACCCGUGUCCUAGUCUUUGCUUGCCUCAGUUCUUCUGGUACAGCCAGGUCCCUUUUAUCCUCUUGACCGCCCCGUAGUUGUUUGGACCUCCCAGCAGUGAGAGCUGGGCUCGGGGCGCCGCAGCUCAUCGUGCCUUGUUGUGGGGCAGUGAUAUCCUCAGGUCCAGCUGAAACCUGGAGCCCUGCCCCGCUCUGAGCUCCUGUCAGCCUCGUGUGCCUCCUGGACCUGGUGUUCUCAUGGCUCGUAACCACGUCCAGCUGAGCAAACUGGCUGCUGCAAGGGGGUUUUGUGUUUAUGGGACUGUGCCCCUCGUGCUAUCGCCGUAGCCUUCCUCGUCCCUUUCGUACCGGUCCAGCCGUGCCACCUGCAGCCACCAGCUUCUCUUUGUUUCUGAAGGAUACACGGCCUGUAUCCACCCAAGGUGCUAUCAAAUGCAGGGUUUCUUCCAAAAAAUACCUACCCCCUUCGUCCCUUUCUGAGCUGUGAAUGAGGUGACGUGGAAGGGGAAGGAAGGGCGGCUGCAAGGAGCAGCUCGUGCAGUAGGAAAGGCCUGACCUGUGGGCAGAUGGAGUUGUCUCAAACCUACCUCAGAGGCCAGCUGUGGCUGCAGACCACUCUUCCCUCUUUCUCCUGCCCGCUGCCACCCGUACAUCUUGGCAGGAGAAGCCCAAAUCCCACCGGCUCGGUCCCCUGCUGCCUCUUUGCCGGUGGGCAGCAUCUUCUGCCCGGGGUUUCACGGGGCACCGGGCUUCUCUGGGUGCCAUGCACCAGCCUGGAUUGGGCAGGUGGGCGCUGAAGGGGCACCUCUCACCCCGUAGCUCUCCUCCGGGGAUGCUUCUGUAGCCGGGCUUUGCUGUUGGUGCCUUUUGUGCAGCAAAGCCGGCUGUAGGCUUCGCUCUGCAUCGCUAUGGCAGGAGCAGGGGAGCGGUGCGCGGGGUCCGGGAGAGGCUGGGAAGCCUUUGGUGCGCAAGUCGGGAUCGAAGCCCACCUUCCUCGUGGGCAGGGGGGACGCGUGGUCUCGUGGUGUGUCCCUCGCUCAGCCCUGCAGGUGGCUGAGCUGAAUCCGAGCGUGAUUCGAGCUCGGGCUCUCGUGCAGUGAGGCUGGCACAGUUGUCUUUCAUACCUUUUUUAUUCCAUCCCUGUUUUGGGGAAUAGGAGACAGUUGGUUCUCUGCCACACUUUGAGUUGUUUUUUUUCUCCCUCUCUUUUUGUAGGUGUCUUUUUUCCUUUCCUCCUCCUCUCCGUGUUGAGCCUCAGCUAAUGCUGGGCACCAGAGGGAGAAAAUACGUAGGGACAUGAGUACAGUCGGUCAAAUUCCGCUUGUUCCUCCAUCUCUGUGACUUCUGGGUGUCAAACAAGAUACCAGCAGGAUUCCAGGGGAAGGAUUCCCUCCCCCUUUUUCAGGAGAACUGAGGAAGGAGAUUUUGGAGCAGAGCCCUUGAUGGCACCUUGCAGUUGCUCCUCGUAGUCCUUGCUGGGCAGAUAAUUCACCAUUUGGCUCAAACAGAGGCAGUGCAACGUGAUGAGAGGGCAGGGAAAGAGCUUCAUGUGAGGAAAUAUGGGGAAAAAGGUCUGGUGCGAGACGCUUUUCCUUUCACUGCCUCCUCCUUCCCCAGCCACCCGCUGCCACGUGCCCUCCAGGAGCACCCGGUGGACAGCGUCUCCGGAGCCAGUGCUGGGGCACUGGCUCUGUUAACAACUGACACAAACAAUCCCCCAAAAAACUGGCUGCUGAAUGAUUCCUCCUCCUGCCUGCUUCGCUUCAGGCAGCUUUCCCACUUGCACAACCCUGCGUCUCCACGAAGUCACUACUUGUGUGUUGGAUCCCAAGUGCCUUAUGUUGCCAGGUAGCCUCCUGUGCUAGAUCCGUGUGCUGUGUACCCGAAAGCCUUCCCUCUCUACGAAUUAUGUACAGCGUAUGCCACAUCCGUGUAUUUUUGUUUGUUUGUUGGUUUUUUAUGUUGUCUUUUUUUUUCAUAGAGCUACCAGUACAAGGGACAGUUUGGUUUGGAAACAUUUCCAUGUUGCUUAUUUCGGGUUGGGUUGGUUUUUUAAACCUAGAGCUGAUGUUUGUUGUUGGUUGUUUGUUGUUGUUGUUUUUUUCCCUCCCAUCUUUAGUCUCUUCUGAAAUCUCUUGUUGUGCCUGAGCGUGGCAUGACCCCGUUGUUUUUCUGUGCUGAGCCUUUGCUGCGAGGCAGCACUCACCCUCGUCCCAGAGGUUUCCAGUCUGUCUGCUUCUGUCUCCGUCUUGUAGUGCAAACACCAUCCCCAGGCUGCGAGCCUGCAGCAGCUCCUUUGUGUCCACGGCAUUUCUCAGCAGACCAAGCCUUCUUCUCAGCCCAAAAAGCUAUUUUUUCCCCCAGAUGGGGAAUUUCCAUUGCAAGCCCUUAGCAGUCCUCGACUGCUUUGUGUAGAGAUGCUGAGAGCCCCCUUUCACUGAGCGGAUGCUCUUCUUGCGCCCCAUCCAGUCCAGCCCCGUGUCUUCUGCAAUAAAAAAGAAAACCCAACAAACCCAACCCCAAACAGGAGCUCUUGUCUGCCACAGCGUGGAAACUGGUAGAGACUACCCAAAACUUGCAAGUUCCUACUCCUGGUGUAACGCUUUUGCUUGCUCUGCACCCUUCCUUGUGGGCAUGAGACUGCUUUUGUAGUCUGUGUCCAUUACAGACCUAAGGUCGGGGACUGAGUACUCCGUGAUUUUUGGUGUGAUUUUUGGUUUUCCUGCCCUAGCCUAGGAAAGCUUUUGAAAAAAAACGACAGUAGUUCUCUCUUUUUGUCUUAGAUAGCUGGGGUAAUGGGCUUGGGAAGAGAAGGGGGUUGAGGAAGAACAGAUGUAGCAUUUCACUUACAAUGUCUGAGUGACUCUUACAUUAUGGGGCAUUACGGUUAUGUUGUUUUUGUUUAGGAUUCUUUCUUCUUACUCAUUUUGGGGUUAGUGGUAAAGAAAACAAGUUCCAGUUUCCCCGUAGGUCCCCUUGCCCUUAACUCACUGUUUGAAGAUGUAUUUUUGGUAGGCUUCCCUGCUGGAGGGGAGAAAGGACUGCUCUAGGAUGCCUCCCCCUGACCCCAAGUUACUCUGAAGCCUGUAGGUACCCCGGCUCUGUUGCAGUCCGUGGGGAUUUAUGGCAGCACCUGCCUCUCGCCUCGGAUGAACUCUUGGUAGAUGGACCCCGACGUGCAUCAACAGGAGGUGGAGAUUCUGGGCUGUGAUUUACAGCCUUCCUGUAAGCUUUAGGAGCGUGCUGUAGACAGUUUGGCAGGCUCGACACUCAAACUGUGAAGUAUGUUACUUAGCCUCGGGGCCCGGGGCAGUGGUUGCUGGCAGUGGGUUGUUGUAAACGCCAGGCGGAGGCACAAAGCUUUUCCUUGGACACGUUGGGCUCCACGGACCAAACUUCAGCAAAGGAACCCAAGGAAAAAUUCUGUUCUUCCAUAUUUAGUGCAAAAAGUUCCUGAUUUUGGAGGGGGCGGGGGGGGGGAAGUGACCGCCUCCGAUAUUUUAUCUCAUUUGUUUCAUCCUUCCUGUCACUUCAAAUUUUUUUGUACGUUUUUUUUGUUUGUUUGUUGACGUUUGUUGUUAAAUGACUUUUGUGAUAAACUCAACAAAAGUAUUUUCUGAAAUAAAUAAAUAAAAGGCAUAGAUUCCUCCA